AUGACUUCUAAACUACUAACACGUGUUCAACUUGAAUUUCUUUUGAAAAAUAAUGACAAAUCUAUCAAAUUGAAAAAAGCUGAACAAACUGAUCGUGGUUCAUCGUUCUUACCGGCGUUCAGCCUUAUUCUUGUCAAUGAUAUAGUUCAACAUUUUGUUUUAUGUAAUAAAUGUCAGUCAAUCAUCACUUAUAAAAAAGCAACUGGCACUGGUGGUUUGAAAAAACAUUUAGCAUCUUGUGAAAAAAAUACACCAUCAAAUACAACACAAUCAAGUAUUACAGUGUAUUACGGACAAAAGAAACCAUCAGUUUUACCAGAAAAACUUAAAAAAAAAAUAGCUGAUGCUUAUAUUGAUUUCAUAAUAUUAGAUGCUCGUCCAUUCGAAAUCGCAUCUGGUAUUGGUUUUAAACAAUUUCUUCAAGUGAUUUAUAAUUCAGGAAAAUCAUCAUCUAAUACUCAAUCAAUUGACAUUUCUGAUUAUUUACCACAUCCUACGACAGUAAGUCGUAAAAUCGACAAAAUAUACGAGUUUAGAAAAAAACAACUUAUUAGUUGGUGCAAAGCGCUUGAUAGCUAUACAGUUGUUGUGGACAUGUGGACCGAAAAGUAUAGUGGCAUACAUUUCUGUGGUGUUACUGUUCGUGCAACUGAUUCAGACUUUUAUUUACACAAUUUUUGUCUUUGUUGUAAACCGUAUACACUAGAAAAUCAAACAGCUCCAAAUAUUCGAAAAUUUAUUGAUGAACUAUUAUUGGAAUAUGGUCUUUCGCUAAAUACAAAUUCGUUCAUUAUCACAGAUAAUGAACCUAAGAUGAUUGCUGCUCUACGUGGUGCUAAUCGUGUAGGCUGCAGUGAUCAUUACAUAAAUAAAAUAUUGGAACAUUCUUUCACAUUAUCAAAAAGUGGUUGUGUUGAAGUAGUUCAAACAUUUGAUGUUGUUAAAAGUCUUGUAGCAAAUUUUCGUCGAAGUCAUCGACAAAUAAAUUUGUCGAGGAAGCUUCAGACUUAUAGUUCAACUCGCUUUAGUGGAGCCUACUAUAUGAUGAAUGUCUUCAACUUAACUUACAAUGAACUUAUUGAUACUUUCAGUGGUCCUAAUUAUAAUGAUUUUGAGUCUAUUGAUCAAGAUUUGUUAUCUCACAUUUGUGAUUUUUUUCGAGUAUUUGAUGAUGUUAUUAAAACUUUAAAUGAUGAAACUCAACCAACACUUCACAAGGUUAUACCAUUACGUAUGGCUUUGAAUAAUCAUUGUGCACCAAAAGCAGAUGAUUCAUUAAGCAUCAUUAAAUUAAAAGAGUUUUUAAAAGAAGAAAUUAAAAUGAAAUGGCCAAUUCAAUCUGAACAUUUACUCUCAACCUUGAUCCAUCCUCGUUUACGAGAUUUUUGUGGCAAUCAAUCAUUGAAAGAUCAAGCUAUUCAAUUAUUACAGUCAGCUGUUGUUUCUCCCAACAGUUCAUUUAAUACAAAUUCAUCAACUUGUGAUUCAUCUGAAUCAUCAAGUAUUGAUAAAUCAAUAACAUCUACAAAAUCAAAUAUUUUAUCUUUAUGUUUUGAUAAACCACGAGCUGCUAAACCACCACCUGAUGAAGUACAGCUAUGGCUGCAAGGUGAUUUUGAUUCUGAAAUAAUUGAUGAUGAUAUAUUAUCAUUUUGGAGAAGAAAAAAAAAAGAAUUUCCGACAAUUGCUAGUAUUGCUCAAAAAGUGUUAGCUAUACCUGCAUCUAACACUUCAGUUGAGAGAUUAUUUUCCUCAACCAAAAUCAUGAUUGGUGAUCGUAGAACACGGUUGGGUUCAGAAAAGAUUGAUAAACUUAUGUUUCUACGAAAAAAUUUAACUCCACUCAAGCAUAUGUUUGAUUUAAAAAACGGUUCAACAACAAUUAUUCCAAAAAGAAAACCUAAUGAUGCAUUUGAAGAAGAUAAUGAUGAUAGUUCUAACAUUCUGAAGAAAAUUAAAGUUGCUGAAGAAGAUGAAUAUGACUUAUCAAGUGAUGAUUAUGAAAGUGAAGAAGAAAAUUUAGAAACAGAAAUAGUGUUGUAA